GACUAUUGGAGUUGUCUCAUAUGUCUCCUGUUGCUUGUUCUCUUCUGUGCUUCUCCACUUGUACUUACCAUUAAAUUUGGCAUUUACUUUCAAUCAAUCGCCUCCCUCUGUAUGCUUUUCCUCACUUCAAUUCGUUCCUAUCCCUUUAAAUAACUUCUCUAGCUCUACAUAUAUAACUAAAUACCCUAUGCUCAAAGUGAAGAAGAGUCACACUCACACCACUUUGUUUUAGGUUAAUAUUGUGAAAGAGAGAUCAUGAGCAAAAGAGUAAGGAGUCCAAGGUUGGAGCUUAGGCUGAACUUGUCCCCACCAAGGGCAGCAGCAACCUCAAUUAUAUCUUCUUCGGAGCUGUCGCCCACAGAGUCAUCGAUGUCGUCGCCGGUGUCGGUUCAAUCGUUGGAGAGCUCGUGUGUAUCCUCCGAGGCUGAAGAGACAAGGGCAAUGCUUCUCGUGGGCUGUCCUCGGUGCCUCAUGUAUGUUAUGUUGUCGGAGGUUGAUCCCAAAUGCCCCAAGUGCAAGAGUACUGUGUUGCUUGACUUCCUCAACAACGAGGAAAACAACAAUACCAAGAAGAGUAGCAGCGAGUGAUGAUGAGACAUGUGAAGAACACUAGCUACAUGCAUCACCAUGGAAGAUUAACCACUCCACCUAGUACCGAGAAAAAGUUUGUUUUCUGUUAUUGUUGGAUUUCCGUUUUUUGGUUAAUUAGAGCAGAGAUUGGCUUUUUCCUAUCUCUGAAGUUUUAAUUUUCUGUGAAAUUUGGCUGUUUCUUACUGUACGUGUACAAGACAAAUUAAGGGAAGAGAAUUUAAAUUAGUUUUAUGCA